AUGGACGUCGACGACGCGUCGGGCGUCGUCGUCGUGACGUGGACGCCGGGCCCGAGCGCGGGACGGCACAACCUCGAGGAGGAGGAGCACGUCGUGAGCGCGCGGUUUCGCGACGGGGCGUGCGAGGAGGCGCUGCGAGGGACGGCGUGCGAUGGAUGGAUGGACGUGCACGUCGGGACGGGGCGACGGUUCGAGAUGACGGUGCCGGAGGGGGCGAGGGGGACGCUGGAGGCGCGGUGCCGAGCGGAGAACGCGGCGGGCGCGAGCGCGUGGGUGACGGCGCGAAGGAUCCGGGGAGAGGACGAGGGCGAACGCGAGUGGGGGGGGCAGUGGGGGAAAGGCGUCGAUCGACGCGAGCGUUAG